AUGUCAACCCAAGAGAGCUCCUUGGAAAAUAAAAUAAAAGAAGUCCUGUCCCAGUAUGCCUGCUAUAACUGUGGAACACCUCUACACAUUUCAGAGCACACUCCGUUGAGCACAUUUUCAAGAGAAAUGUAUAGACAAGAUUCAAAUACUUCAUGUGUAGGCAAUGAAGAAUCUGCUGAUAAACUUACCAUGCAAGCUCCAGGAUAUCCUUUUAGAGCUUUUAAGUCUAAUGAAGAUCAGCUGCAUAUUGAAAUGAUUCGUCCAGGAGGGAUGGCUGGAGACACAGGCAAUGAAAGUUAUCGUACUUCAAUUGACAGAAAUGGAAUAGGCAAUAUUGAUGAAGGCUCAAACCAAUAUUAUUCUCCACGGUCAGCUUAUACCCCUAGCACCCCUAGCACUGGGAUUCUAAUCCCUUUAGGAAAUGGCGAAACUGUAAUUUCGCAUGGAGAUGGGAUCAAAAAAUUCAGAACCAAUAUAGAAAAUAAUCGUUGGCUAAACGAAAUAAAGCCUCCUGGAUCUCCAAGUAAGGCUAGGAGUAAAAUUUUACUCAAAAGUGCCACGCCUAGUGGCUUUCAAACAGCCCGAACACCAAGCACAGUGAUAGUUCAAGUAAGAGAAAAAGAUAAAAAGGCUCCUCAAACUGUAAGAAGUCUGAGCUCCCAAAAGCCAAGGAGAAUUAAGGAGGUAUCAAAAAUGAAUAUCAGCUUAAAAGACCUUACCAAAAUCGAGCCAAAAUCAAGCUUCCGAUCAUCUCCACAGCCUUCUUCAAAUAAUUUAUCUGUGAAAGCAAAAGUUCAGCAAAUCAACCUAGUAGAAGAAAUAAGAAAGAAAAAAGAAACUGAAGGACAGUCUAAAGGAAGCUCUUAUAGUGGCAAAAUCUCACAAUUGAUGAUACAAAAUAGCAGAGUACGGAAUCCUAUAUAUCUGCAAGCUAAAAUAGUGAAAACAGAUAGUCAGAUAAAUAUCUGAAGUGAAAAAAAUUCUUUGUGUAGUACGCCAGUCGAGCAAAUUAAGCAAUAA